CAAAAUGAGUAGCAAAGUGUUGUUCUUGGCCUUUGCCCUCUGUGCUACGAUGAUGGUCCUCGGUGUUAAGUGUGAGGAAGAAGAGGUAACAACACCUGCAAGUGAGUCCAUCGAGGAUACAGAGGAUGACGCUGACUUUGAAGCUUUCUCUGAGUAUAUUAACUCCGCAGUGAAGACCUUAAGCCAGAGUACCGGUACAGGUCCUUCUGGCAGACGUGACCUGGCAAAGAGGGGAUGGUUGAAGAAAGUCUGGCAAGCUGCCAAACCUUUAAUCAUCACAGCCGCGGUUAAUGCCGUCGGGAAAAGAUCUGCUGAAGACGAGAUGAACUUUAAAAACUUGGCUCUGAGAGUACCACAAAAACGAGGCUGGCUGAAGAAUAUAUGGGAUGAAAUCAAACCUUAUUUUUUUAAAUCAGUAGCGGAGAUUCUGGAGGACGCUAUCAAAUACAAGAGGGCGCCAGGAGAAAAGAAGAAUUUGGCUUGUACUGAAGAAGAGAAGCAGAAGUACUUAGAAAUCAAGAACGCAGCAGACGAUCUGUGUGCUCUGGCAGACAUUACCAAUGUUUACAAAUGUCAGUAAACAUAAUGACAUCAGGGAAUAAAUUUGGUAACCUGGCCUAAUGUUGA